CUUGAAUACCUAAUUAUUCUGUAAUGUGCAUCCCUAGUUACCUGCCAUGGAAGAUUCAGAUGUGGAAAUAUCUCUUCUGGCCAGUUCAGAUGGAGUAAAAGCUUUCAUGGAUAGUUCCUCUCAUGAUGCUGAAGCUCUGAACCAUGAGUCACCUGCCACGGAAGGUUUAGAUAUGGAAGACCUCACCCAUGAGUUAACUACCAUAGAUGGUUCAGAUAUGGAAGUAUCUACCAUGGAAGAUUCAGAUGGAAAAACCAUCACCCCACAGGUGGAUGAGUUACCUGGUGAGUUACCUUUCAUGGAUGGUACAGGAUCUACAUGCUUGAUUGUGGGUGGUUAUAAAGCAAAGAAAAUUGUUGAAACCUAUGACGUCAACAAGAAAAGUUUCAAACCAAGAAAGUCAACCUUGUAUGAAAGGUGGGGUUCAACCAGUGUGAAGAUAAACAACCAUGUUUAUACGGGUGGUGGUGAUGAUUCCAACUUUGUUGAAUGUUUGAAUUUAAAGCAAGUUGAUGGUGAUUGGAACGAGGUGGCAUCUAUGAAGGAACAACGAUGGCGUGCAGCAUCUGCUGUGUUGAAUGAUCAAAUGUGUGUAGCAGGAGGAUUGGAUGGUGGUUGUAAUGUAUUCUCAUCAGUUGAAUUAUACAAUCCAGUGGUCAAUACAUGGACAAACAUUCCUUCAAUGAAAACUGAACGAUAUCAACAUGCUCUUGUUUCUUAUAAUGGUCGCUUGUACUCGUUUGGUGGAUUUGAUGGUUUAAACGAUUUAAAUUCAAUGGAAAGUUUUGAUCCAAGAGAAGGGAAAUGGGAAUCACUGAAACCAAUGAAUAAGGGAAGACCUUCAUUGUGUGGUGUUGUUUACAAUGAUGAGAUUUACGCCAUUGGUGGUAGUGGAAGAAGUGUAGAGCGGUAUAACAUACGAACCAACACUUGGACCAAAGUUAGCAGCUUGAACCACGUGCGGUUGGGUUCUUGUGCUUGUGUUGUGAAUGGGAAGAUAUACGUCAUUGGAGGGUAAGUGGUCAUGUGUUAGUGUUACUAAUUAUGAUUGUUUCUAUUCAGUGUACUGAGAAGCACUGGUGUAAAGUAUUUAUCAAACCCAACAAACUAUUGGGACCUGUUUCUUAUGUAAGGCUUGGCGAGCCGCAAACUUUCACCAGUUAACAAUAAUAAGUAAAACAAGAGAGCAUAGCUUUAAUAGGAGGUCACAUGCAUUACGACUUUAUUAAAAAAGAUAUAAGAUAGAUGUAUAGUACACACUGCAAAGUUCAUAAGUUUCACUAGCUGCUAUAAAUUUGCCACCAUUUGUAUACAUACCCGAUUCACAAUACAUAUGCCAUCGCCUUGUCUGGCUGACGUGAAGGCUAUACACCCUUUUCAUUAUAUUUGUCACGCCUUAUUGGUUUAUUUCUUAAAAAUAUACACGCUAACUAGACUGUUUUCGGAAGCUAAAAUAUAUACGUUCAUGUUCAAUUGAAAAUAUAUUGCAACGAUUGCAAUCAUUUUAAGAUUUAUAGCAAGUUUUAAAAUUCCGCUUUUGUUCUUGACUGAUUGAAUUGGGUCAAGAAAUUUAAGAAUAAAUAUUUGUGGAAAAAUUAUGGCAUAAAACAACAAGAACAACU